AUGCUGCCCAGCACGAGAGUCGAGGGACUCGCCCACGACGAAGGGUCCUCGCUACACCCAAUCCUUCAAGACGCUCGACAAGGUACUCAGGUUCACAGCAAUUCCCCUCCAUCUCGGGCAUCGUCCUUCUGCACAGUGUUCGGUGCCUUCCUCGCCCUUCUCUUCAGCUUCGGGAAUCUCAGCGCGUUCGGAACCUUCCAAGCAUGGUACAUGCACAAUCAAUUUCGCGGCUUUCCCUCGUCGACGAUCGCAUGGAUAGGGUCCGCCCAGUUGUUUAUGUUCUUCGCGUCGGGCGCCUGUAUCGGUCACCUAUGCGACGCAUACGGUCCCGGCUGGCUGCUGCUUUCAGGCGGCCUAUCGACCACAUUCAGCAUUCUGAUGACCAGCCUGUCAACGGAGUUCUAUCAAUUCCUGUUCUGUCAAGGCGUGCUUUUCGGUCUGGGAGCAGGAAUGCUCUUCUACCCCGCUAUGACUAGUGUCUCGUCCCAUUUCACGGCUUAUCGCGCCACCGCGCUCGGGAUCGUGGCCACGGGGUCCAGCGUAGGCGGUGUUAUAUUCCCCAUCAUGCUCGAGCGCCUAUUCUCCAAAAUUGGCUUCGCGUGGACACUUCGCGUUGUCGGCUUGUUUAAUGCAGCCGGAUGCCUACUGGCGUGGUUGUUGGUUUCCUCGCGCGCGACGGCGAAGGGGAUUCAGAGCCCAAUAUUCGAUCAUGCGACAUCGAGGGACGAGAAGUAUAUGCUCCUCGUCGCUGGCAGCUGCUUGGUCUCUUUCGGCCUUUACACCCCUCCCACCUUCAUCGUCUCCUUUGCCCAAUCUUACGGAAUCACUUCCGCCCGCGCCAACACCGCCCUCGUCGUCCUCAACGCCGCCUCUGCCUUCGGCCGUCUCCUGCCUGCCUACCUCGCUGACCGCGCGGGGAAUUUUAACCUUCUCGCCCCCGCCGCGGCGCUGUGCGGCGUGGCCUGCCUCGCCGUCGCGGCGAGUCUGCGCGGGUUGUCCGCAUGCGUCUCCUCAGCGGCGGUAAUCAGCACACUACCCUCUGCGCCCGGCGCCUGCGCGCCCUCCCUCGCCUCCAUCAUCGCCUUCGCCGCGAUCUACGGCUUCCUCUCCGGCGCGUUCAUCUCCGUCGUGACGCCCUGCGUAGCGCAGAUUUCGCCCGCUGGCCGCGUAGGCGCGAGGGUGGGGAUGCUGUACAGUGCGAUCUCCGUGCCGUCCUUACUCGCAGGCCCGAUAGCUGGCGCCCUGCUGCAUCGCGCAGACGGGUCGUACACAGGGAUGAUGCUAUACGCCGGUAUCACUAUAUUGUGCGGCUCAAUACUUAUCGUAUGUGCGAGGAUGCAGACAGAGGGGAGGCUGUUAGCGAAAGUGUAA